AUGGGGGCUGUGCAGGCGUACAGCGGGCGGUUCAGGGCGGAUGGCAAGCUGCUGGUGGCGGGUGGGGACAGAGGCAUCGUGCAGAUCAGGGGACAGCCAGUAUCCUUGCCGCCUGGUCGCUCACCAACAGCCCACACCGCUCACCUCUCACGCACCUCCUCCACACCUUCCUCGGUCUCAAAUGUUUCGCUCCCUCUCCACCUCCUUUGCCACACGCAUGUUGCCUCUCCCACACGCAUGUUGCCUCUCCCCACACGCAUGUUGCCUCUCCCACACGCAUGUUGCCUCUCCCACACGCAUGUUGCCUCUCCCACACGCAUGUUGCCUCUCCCACACGCAUGUUGCCUCUCCCACACGCAUGUUGCCUCUCCCACACGCAUGUUGCCUCUCCCACACGCAUGUUGCCUCUCCCACACGCAUGUUGCCUCUCCCACACGCAUGUUGCCUCUCCCACACGCAUGUUGCCUCUCCCACACGCAUGUUGCCUCUCCCACACGCAUGUUGCCUCUCCCACACGCAUGUUGCCUCUCCCACACGCAUGUUGCCUCUCCCACACGCAUGUUGCCUCUCCCACACGCAUGUUGCCUCUCCCACACGCAUGUUGCCUCUCCCACACGCAUGUUGCCUCUCCCACACGCAUGUUGCCUCUCCCACACGCAUGUUGCCUCUCCCACACGCAUGUUGCCUCUCCCACACGCAUGUUGCCUCUCCCACACGCAUGUUGCCUCUCCCACACGCAUGUUGCCUCUCCCACACGCAUGUUGCCUCUCCCACACGCAUGUUGCCUCUCCCACACGCAUGUUGCCUCUCCCACACGCAUGUUGCCUCUCCCACACGCAUGUUGCCUCUCCCACACCACUGUUUCCCAUGAGACGCGUAUCAAGCACCCGCGUGUUCCAGGUUCCCGUCCACGUGCAGCGGCGCAGCAUGUGGCUUGGGGCGUCAUUUAACAAGGGGGGAGCUGCCCUCAAGUCGCCCGCAGCAGCACCCCAUCAGGGAGCGCAAGAGCCCCCCGCAGCCCUCCUCCUCGUGCAACGGCGCCAGCGCGCACCGCUCCUCCCGCAACUCGUGGCUCCGCUUCUUCUUUCCCGACCCCACCAGCAGCGGCGGCGGUCGGCGGAUCGGGUCGUGGCUGCUAGUGCUGCUGCUUGUCCUCGGGUUCGUGAAGUGGGAGCGGCACAGGCACAUGUUUCCGUGAAAAGUCAGACUGCGCACCCGCACGUCGUUCCGCGCAAUCGAAAGUGGCCACGACCAAGAGUAAGGCGCAGCAGAAGCCGGGAAGCGCCAAGGGGGGAACCAAAGCGGCGCACAUCGGCGUGGGCGGGGGCACGAAAACCGCCAGCGGUGGGCGGAGGAGAUGCGGGAGCUGGGAAGAGUGGCGCAAUUGGCGCGGGGAAGGACAAGGGUGGCGUGGCGGCGUGUUGGAACAAAGGCCUGCACGACCCCUUGCUCGCUCGCCCCCGCACGCCCUCCACCUGCCCUCGCCCCGGUCCUGGCGCUGCCAGUAACUCCUCUGCUGGCGCUGGCGCGUCUGCUGCUGUUGGCAGUGCUGGCAGCAGCAGCGGCCCCUUCGCGCACCAGUGCACCAGCGCUGCCACAAGCCCAGCCGAGCUCUCUGGCAGACACUCCGCCACCACUACCUGCUGCCGCCGUAAGCUCCCCCGCCCCUCCUCCCUCCUCCCUCCUCCCUCCUCCCUCCUCCCUCCUCCCUCCUCCCUCCUCCCUCCUCCCUCCUCCCUCCUCCCUCCUCCCUCCUCCCUCCUCCCUCCUCCCUCCUCCCUCCUCCCUCCUCCCUCCUCCCUCCUCCCUCCUCCCUCCUCCCUCCUCCCUCCUCCCUCCUCCCUCCUCCCUCCUCCCUCCUCCCUCCUCCCUCCUCCCUCCUCCCUCCUCCCUCCUCCCUCCUCCCUCCUCCCUCCUCCCUCCUCCCUCCUCCCUCCUCCCUCCUCCCUCCUCCCUCCUCCCUCCUCCCUCCUCCCUCCUCCCUCCUCCCUCCUCCCUCCUCCCUCCUCCCUCCUCCUCCUCCUCCUCCUCCCUCCUCCCUCCUCCCUCCUCCCUCCUCCCUCCUCCCUCCUCCCUCCUCCCUCCUCCCUCCUCCCUCCUCCCUCCUCCCUCCUCCCUCCUCCCUCCUCCCUCCUCCCUCCUCCCUCCUCCCUCCUCCCUCCUCCCUCCUCCCUCCUCCCUCCUCCCUCCUCCCUCCUCCCCCCUCCCUCCUCCCCCCUCCCUCCUCCCCCCUCCCUCCUCCCCCCUCCCUCCUCCCCCCUCCCUCCUCCCCCCUCCCUCCUCCCUCCUCCCUCCUCCCUCCUCCCCCCUCCCCCCUCCAUCAAGGACGGCCGCGCGGAGAAGAGCCGCGCCGAUCGCGAGGAGGGCAGCGGGGAAGGGCGGGCAGGGGAGGAGAGACGGGAGGGGAAGAGGCGGAAGAGGGACGAAGGGGCAGGCACAAAUAGGGGAGUGGCUGAUGCUGCUGCGGGCGCUGGGCGUGCGCUGACUGCUAACGGUGGUGCGGUUGUAAUAAAGCUGGAAGAGGUGGAAAUGGAUGGCAAAGCUUUGGGGUUGAAGGAUGGUGCAGUGUGCAACACAAAGGCUGAACUGCAGAACCUGAGGGCGCGAGUGAAAGCGCUGGAGAAAACGAGCGCCUCCGGAAGCAAGACGUGGGAGGCACUGAUGUUGCUGUGGAGCGAAGCGGUUCCAGACAUGGCUCUCAUGGACCUGAGUGGCGUCUCCCUCCUCACCGACGCUGCUCUUGCACGAGUCGCCUCCUUUUCUUCUCUAACCACACUCAACCUCAACGACUCCUCCGGCUUCACUGAGGCAGGGGUGAAAGGGCUCUUUUCUCUCACGGCUCUCAAAUGUCUGACUUUACAGAAUACAGCCACAACAGACGCGGCUCUUGAAGGCAUUUCCAGUUUGAAAAAUCUUCGCGCGCUUAAUCUGUUCAACACCAAGAUAUCGGAUGUGGGAGUAGCGAAGCUGCAGGGGAUGACGUCACUCGUGGAACUGCUCUUAGGUGGCUGCGAGGCGGUCACCGAUGCCAGCAUGGUGCAUCUGGGCAAGCUGACAGCAUUAGAAUCGCUCGCUCUGAGUGACACUGCAGUGACCGAGGAGGGACUGCUGCGCUUGAGUACGCUUACUGCACUAAAGCUCCUCGUCUUGCCUCCAGGAGUGACCGAUUCCGGCAUGAAGCACCUGAGGAAUUUGAAGCGACUGGAGAAGCUGGGUGUGUGGGAUGCUAAGAUUACUGCUGCCGGUGUCAAGUGGCUCAAGGGGCUCAAGUGGCUGCAGGCGAUUGCAACAGAUGCAGAAGAUGUUGAAGCAUUGAUCAGAGACAUCUUUCCUGGCAUGAUCGUGACACCGGUUUGCAAACUCAAGAGUCCGUCCAAGCGCUAUGCGCCGGCGGCGCCCGCGGAGACGGCGGAAGCGGGGUUUUGGCGCAGCUUCGGGCAAAAAGCGGCGGAGCCGCUGAUCGGCAACGUGACGACCAUCGACUUCUGCCCCUCCGCGCCCUUCCACUUCGCCGCCACCACCUCCACUCGCCUGUACCACCUGUUUUCCUCUCAGUCUCGACCUGUGCGCGUUGUUAACACGUGCAACUCCCAACCCCCCUGUGACGCCACGAACCCCAUGGCAGGCGUACAGCAGGCGGUUCAGGGCGGAUGGCUACUUUUGAGACGUCUCCCCUGGCCCCCUGUGCCGGUGGCGGGCGGGAACAGAGGCAUCGUGCAGUGGCAGCGGGCUUAUGGGGGAGCUGAGGGGAACGGAGGGUGUGAGGUGGCGAGGGCAUGUUCGUGUCUGCAUGUGCACCUACCCUGCAUUCUCCUAUCCGCACGUGCCCUGCCUGCUGCCCUCUACCCCUGUCCCUCCAUGUGUGGGCGCCACGACCCGCACAGUGUUGAGACACGGGUCCCACCAUCUACCAUACCUUUUCACCAUUCCUACACCACCUGCCACCUCACACACUGCUCUUCCCACAAGCCUCACAACAUCAUCUCUUCUUACUCGCCCUCUCUAUUCCCUUCAUCCCUCAGCAUCGCUGCCACCAGCAUCGCUGCCACUGCUCAACUUACCACACCUACUCCCAAACCUUCUCUCUUCUCCUCCCAACCUCGCACUCCUGUUCCCCAUGUGUCCCGUUGCACACUUGGCGAUGUGGGCCAUAUGGGCCAGGCUGGGGACUACUACCAAGUGGCACAGUGCAAGGGCAUGCAUGUAGGACCCACGGCAAGCAGCACCGCAUCCCACUCCCCUCGCCCAGCUCUGUCCCGAUCCCAUCCCUGCAACCACCCCCCUCCCAUGUGCAUGCACGCCAGGCAGAGGACUGCUUAG